GGGCGGGGCCGACGGGGACGCGCGCGGCGGCCGGAAACGCCUUUCCCGGAAGACAGGGGGGCGGUGCCGGCCUUCGGGGGCGACCUCGGCGAUGGCGGCGGGGAGGCCGGAGCUCGCUGCGUGAGCCCGGGAGCCGUGCAGUUGCAGGAUGGCCUCGCUCGGGCCGGCCGCAGCGGGCGACCAGGCGCCAGGGGCCGAGGCGGAGCUGGGGGCCGCAGCGCCGCCGCCGCCAUCGCCGUCUACGCUCGGGCCCCUGCUCCCCCUGCAGCGGGAGCCGCUGUACAACUGGCAGGCGACCAAGGCGUCACUGAAGGAGCGCUUCGCCUUCCUCUUCAACUCGGAGCUGCUGAGCGAUGUGCGCUUCGUGCUCGGCAAGGGCCGCGGCGUCGCGGCCGCCGGGGGUCCGCAGCGCAUCCCCGCCCACCGCUUCGUGCUGGCGGCGGGCAGCGCCGUCUUCGACGCCAUGUUCAACGGCGGCAUGGCCACCACGUCGGCCGAGAUCGAGCUGCCAGACGUGGAGCCCGCCGCCUUCCUGGCGCUGCUGAGAUUUCUGUAUUCAGAUGAAGUUCAGAUUGGCCCAGAAACAGUUAUGACCACUCUGUACACCGCUAAGAAAUACGCAGUCCCCGCUUUGGAAGCACAUUGCGUGGAAUUUCUCACCAAGCAUCUCCGGGCGGAUAAUGCCUUUAUGCUGCUCACUCAGGCUCGAUUGUUUGAUGAACCUCAGCUUGCUAGUCUUUGUCUAGACACCAUAGACAAAAGCACAAUGGAUGCAAUAGGUGCAGAAGGGUUUACUGACAUUGACAUAGACACACUCUGUGCAGUUUUAGAAAGAGACACGCUUAGUAUUCGAGAAAGCCGGCUUUUUGGAGCUGUUGUACGCUGGGCGGAAGCGGAGUGUCAGAGACAGCAACUGCCUGUGACCUUUGCAAACAAGCAAAAGGUUCUAGGAAAGGCCCUCUCCUUAAUCCGGUUCCCACUGAUGACAAUAGAGGAGUUUGCUGCAGGUCCUGCGCAGUCUGGCAUUCUGUCAGAUCGUGAAGUGGUGAACCUCUUUCUUCAUUUCACUGUCAAUCCUAAACCCCGGGUGGAGUACAUCGACCGGCCCCGGUGCUGCCUGCGGGGAAAGGAGUGCUGCAUCAACAGGUUCCAGCAGGUGGAGAGCCGCUGGGGCUACAGUGGGACCAGCGACCGUAUCAGGUUCACAGUUAAUAGAAGAAUCUCUGUAGUCGGAUUUGGCUUAUAUGGAUCUAUUCAUGGUCCCACGGAUUAUCAAGUGAAUAUACAGAUCAUUGAAUAUGAAAAAAAACAAACUCUGGGUCAGAAUGAUACUGGAUUUAGUUGUGAUGGGACUGCUAACACGUUCAGGGUCAUGUUCAAAGAGCCCAUCGAGAUCCUGCCCAAUGUGUGCUACACAGCGUGCGCAACACUCAAGGGUCCAGAUUCUCACUAUGGCACAAAAGGACUGAAGAAGGUGGUGCAUGAGACGCCUGCUGCAAGCAAGACUGUUUUUUUCUUUUUCAGUUCCCCUGGCAACAAUAACGGCACAUCCAUAGAAGAUGGGCAAAUACCAGAAAUAAUAUUUUACACAUAAUUUAGCAUUAUAUUAUAUCUUGGCUAAAUAGCAUCAUACAGUCCAGUCUCAAAAGUGUAAAUAAUUGCCACAAAAGAUAGUUUGAGUGUCAUAAAUAUUUAUAACUGUAGGAUAAGAAACAUUUUGGUUUCUUAGAGGAAGUAGAAAAAUGUUGAUUUAAAUCUCUGCAUGACUUAAAGGCAGAUUUUCCAUUUUCUUAUAACCCUGGAGGAAAAAGACAAAUGGGUUUAAUUUGUGAAAAGCACAGCUGUUUCAGCUUCCUCUUGAACCAACUGACUCAGUCUUUGAAUAGUGAAAGGUGAAAGACUCUUGAUACACAUAGCAGGUUUGGCUUUUUCAUUCUUAACUGUUUGGAAGGUGAGGUGAGAUGAGAUGGGUCAAUAUUCCUGCAGAAUUCCUACUAACCCAGCUUUAGAAAAUUAAGAAAACUGGCUUUCUAGUUGGGGUUUUAAAAUGUCUGGUUGUUAGCAUUUGAAGUAAUGCUAAAAAUAGGCCUAAGACAAACCCAAGAAAAUGUUGGCUGCAGACAGAGACAGGCACUUUGUGAUGGUCUGGGGGUGUAUUGCGUGGUGGUCUUCAGCUGCAGUGGAGCUUGUGCAAAUCCACAGCAACGUGACGCAAAAGAGGAUGCAGAGGUGAGCAUAAGACCAUUCCAUGUCACUAAGCCCACCUGUCUGUCCCACAGGGAGGAGGAAGUACUCAGCAUUUCUAACAAUUACUUUGAGGUGAUAGUGCUGUCCAGCAGUCAUUCUCCCUGCCACAUGCACGGUCUGUCCACGGAGAAAAUGUGUUAAUAUCCAUGGCACACCUCUGUGAGGUGUGGAAGUACAUCUGACAGUGACACUUACACUUUUAUAUAAGGCAGGUUUUUAAAAUGUAAAUGAAAUAACAUUUUUCCCUUGAAAGUGGUUAUCUUAUUAAAACAACAAGUGUAAUUAAGCUUAAAAUAACAUUUGUAUCCAUUACAAAUAAGCUUAUGGUAUAAGAUAGCUGUGGAAGAUGACUAAAAAUCAAAAUUAUUUUCAGUAUCAAAAAUUUUUUUCCUAAAUUAGGGUAUAAAAAUGUUUCAUCAAAAGAAAUAUGUUAUAUUUUCAAGAAGGUAGAGGUGUGGUGGCCAAGGUCUCAUGAAAUUGCUGAAGAAAAAGGAAAUUUUUGUCUGGAUAUAAAUCUCAAUUAACUGGAAUACCUAUGGAACAUGUGGUUCUGCCUGAUGAAAGAUUAACAAGCAAUGUUUAGUGACUAUUACAGAAAGCUCUUCUCCCUUAAAAAGUACGUGCACCAGAGACAAGGGUGUGUUUUUUUUUUUUUUAACAUUUCACAUGCCUGUGUGUGUUUCUGAACAAUUGUAACUCAGUGUAGGCACAGACGGUGCAAGAAACAGAACCAUUUGCUAAAGAUGGGACAUCACCUGGAACUUAAAAAUAAAUGCAUACUAUCAUUUUUAUUUUACCUUUGGCAUCUUUUUCUUCUGAAAGUUGAAUCUAAAACACCAGUGCGGAACAAAGAUUGUAUUUGAGCUUUAACUUAAUUUUCAAGUUAUGGCAGUAACACAGCACAAAAUAAGAAUGCCUUCUAGUUGCCUGAAAGCAAUUGACAGGAACUGUAGUAAGCACACUGCCCUCUGUUUCUUGAUCACUUUAUGGUGUCAGGUUUUCUCUAUUUUAUUCUAAAAGGUUGCGAAUGAAGAAAUGUGAAGAAUAAUCUUG